AACAAGUUACUCAUUGACCACAGAGCCGGAAGCCAGCAGCGAGGCUGGUAGCAACAUGACAUAAACCAAGGCAGUGAUGUUGUGUAACUGCACGUUUUCUCCAUAAUCAUGCCUGUAGAAGGGGCAGAGGACCAGGUACCCUCCUCUCUCUCCAGCCCGGCUAGUGCUGCCCUAACGCCGGGAGGGACAGAGGAGGAUGGAGCUACAUGGGGCUCAGCGAUCUGCAGUUUCCCUGAAAACAGUCAGGGCUCCGAGGCUGCUGCAGCUUAUCCUGCCAACACUGGACCUGGGGAGAGCAACAGUGCUGGCAAGAGGUCUGGAGCCUUGCUGCAGAUCGACCGACAGCGCAUUCAAGCAGCGUCUGCCAGCUCUGGAGCGGAUGAACUGCAGGGCCUUGGUGUGGCUGUGUAUGACCAGGAUGUCCUCGAGCAAGGGGUUCUGCAGCAAGUGGAUGAAGCAAUCCAGGAGGCCAGUCAGGCUGCAGCUAAAGCUGAAGCUGAGAAGGAGUACCAGUCUGUGCUGGAUGAUGUCAGGUCUGUUACAGCGUCUCUAAAACACAUCACCAAGAUUAUCGAGCAGCUCUCUCCCUAUGCAGCCUCCAGCAAAGACAUCAGCAGGAAGAUCGAAUCUGUCAAACGACAGAAAGAAAAUAAGGAGAAACAACUGAAGAAAGUCAGAGCCAAACAGAAGCGACUUCAGGCCAUUCUGGGAGGAGAGGAUGCUCAGAGGGUGGAAGCUGAGCUGUUGGCAGAGGAUGAUGGAGAGGAAGAAGCUGGACCGUCCACGCUGGGCAGCAUGCUCAUGCCAGCUCAGGAGACUGAAUGGGAGGAGCUUAUCCGGAAAGGUCACAUGACUCCUUUUGGAACCCGAAUCCCGCAGAAAGAGGCGAAGAAGGAGCCCCGGAAAUUGAUGCUUGCUGAGAACUCUGCCUUUGACCAGUAUUUGGCGGACCAGGCAAAACUGGCAACUGAGAGGAAGAAAGUCCCUCUUCUAAAGAAAAAGAAAAGCUCUGGACUGAGCUCUAAUAAUGGGAAAACCCAAAGAACCGGAUCCUCUUCCAAGGAUAAAAAACUGAAGAAGCGCAUGCGAAAGCUGCAGAUAACCGCUUUGAAGGCUCAUCCUAAGGCUCGGCCCAAACCUGAGCCACACCUCCCCAAACCAAGAAAGAAGCAUCACCCUGAAGGAGAGGAGACAGACAGCGAGGGGUCAGAGUACCUGCCCAGUGAUGAAUUAAUAGAUCCUGAGCAAGAGGAGAGGGAAGCCAUUGAAGAGGGCUUUGGGGAGGAUGAUGAUGAAGAGUACGAGUUGAAACCAUAUCGAAGAAAAGCUGAAGGGACAGGGCGGAAGAAAGUUAAGAGAAAAGACAGUGAGGAAGAAUAUUGUCCUGAGAGUUCAGAUGAAGACGAGGAUGACAACGGUAAAGCCAAAAGAGUCAAAGAUGAUGGAGACGUAGAGUACUACCGGCAACGAAUAAGGAAAUGGAAGCGGCAGCGGCUUCGAGAAAGGGAGGAGAAGAGAGAAAGAGGUGAGGAGCUUACAGAUGACAGCGAUGCAGAAUUUGACGAAGGCUUCAAAGUUCCUGGUUUCCUCUGGAAAAAGCUUUACAAAUACCAGCAGACAGGUGUGCGGUGGAUGUGGGAACUUCACUGUCAGCAGGCAGGCGGCAUCCUGGGAGAUGAGAUGGGAUUGGGUAAAACCAUCCAGGUCAUCAGCUUUCUGGCCGGACUGAGCUACAGCAAACUGAGAACUAGAGGGUCCAACUACAGGUAUGUUGGACUGGGUCCGACAGUCAUUGUGUGCCCAGCUACAGUCAUGCAUCAGUGGGUGAAGGAGUUUCACACCUGGUGGCCACCUUUCAGAGUGGCAGUUCUACAUGAAACUGGUUCCUUCACUAGCAACAAGGAAAAAUUAAUUCCAGAAAUAGCAUCGUGUCAUGGUAUCCUGAUCACCUCUUAUUCAGCUGUGAGGAAUAUGCAGGACACCCUACAGCGCUACGACUGGCACUACAUUAUACUGGAUGAGGGCCAUAAGAUCAGGAAUCCAAAUGCUGGAGUUACCACGGCCUGCAAGCAGUUUCGCACUCCUCACAGGUUCAUCCUGUCAGGCUCACCUUUGCAGAACAAUUUGAAGGAGUUGUGGUCUCUGUUUGACUUUGUCUUCCCUGGCAAACUGGGGACAUUGCCUGUCUUCAUGGAGCAGUUCUCUGUGCCAAUUACCAUGGGAGGAUACAGCAAUGCCUCACCUGUGCAGGUCCAGACAGCAUUCAAGUGUGCGUGUGUGCUGAGGGACACUAUAAAUCCUUACCUCCUCAGAAGAAUGAAGGAAGAUGUCAAGGCCAACCUCUCCUUACCUGACAAAAAUGAACAGGUCCUGUUUUGUAGAUUGACAGAAGACCAGCGGCAGGUGUAUCAGAGCUUCUUAGAUUCCAAAGAAGUUUACCAAAUACUAAAUGGGGACAUGCAGGUAUUCUCAGGUUUGAUAGCACUCCGUAAGAUCUGUAACCACCCCGACCUUUUCUCCGGUGGGCCCCGGAUACUGAGGGGAAUCCCAGAGGAGCAACUAACUGAAGAGGAACACUUUGGCUUUUGGAAACGCUCCGGCAAGCUGAUAGUGGUGGAGUCACUGCUACGUCUCUGGUUCAAACAGGGCCACAGGGUCCUGCUCUUCACUCAGUCUAGACAGAUGCUGCACAUCUUGGAGGUGUUUGUAAGGGAGAAUGACUACUCGUAUCUGAAAAUGGACGGCACGACCACAAUAGCUUCUCGACAGCCGCUCAUCGCUCGCUACAACGAGGACAAAUCCAUUUUUAUCUUCUUGUUGACCACUAAAGUUGGAGGUCUGGGAGUCAAUCUGACUGGAGCCAACAGAGUCAUCAUUUAUGACCCAGACUGGAACCCCAGUACCGACACACAGGCUCGGGAACGAGCAUGGAGGAUCGGUCAAAAGCAGCAAGUAACAAUCUACAGGCUGCUGACUGCAGGGACCAUCGAAGAGAAAAUCUACCACAGGCAAAUCUUCAAACAGUUUCUCACCAAUCGUGUUCUGAAGGAUCCCAAACAAAGACGGUUCUUCAAGUCUAAUGACAUCUAUGAGCUCUUCACCCUAGCUGACCCUGAUGGAGCCCAGGGGACUGAGACCAGUGCCAUAUUUGCAGGUACGGGCUCUGAUGUCAAAGCGCCCAAGAAACCCGACAGACCAAAGCCAUCAUGCACUGUAAACUAUGGCAGCCAUGCACAUCAACACUCCUUAGAAAACUUGAAUGAAGCAAGCGCAGACAACAGACACUCCUCGACAGAUAUUCCAGCAAGAGAUGGAAACAUCUCUCCAUGCAGUAAAACCUUUCAGGGUAAGCCAAAUGUUCCGAUGGACGGUCAAAACACCGGGCAAAAUGGCGUGGAUAUAGUGCCAAAUAUGUCAGCAAAUAUACAGAAUAAUAAUAAUAAUAAUAGCAGGAACUGGGAUGCAGCCAAGCCAGCACACAAAAAUCACCAACCCAGGGACAAAGACUCUGCCCUGACUAGUCCACAGAAACACAGAGAAAAAAGGAAGCACUGUGAUCCAGCUGACUUGGAUAAACAUAAACGCAAGAAACGCAAACACUCCCGAGAUGCUCGAUUUGAGGGCCACCGCAUCUCCCAUUUGGUGAAGAGAAGGACAUAUAAGAAGGCAGACAGCGAAGACAAUGCACCAGAGGACCAGAAAAAAUCUGAUGAUUACGUCUUGGCAAAGCUUUUCAAGAAGUCUGGUAUCCACAGUGUGAUGCAGCAUGACACCAUCAUGGAGUCAUCCAAUCCCGAUUACGUUCUUGUGGAAGCAGAAGCCAACAGGGUGGCUAAAGACGCCCUCAAAGCUCUAAAGGUUUCUCGGCAGAAGUGCAGACUUCCCUUCAAUACACCUCCUCCACCGCCUGCGAGGAAACGUUUUGGACAAAAGAAGAAUUCUCUCUUAAUUGGACCUCCUGUUCAGUCUGCCCCCACUCUGAGCAAAUGCAAGGAUGCUGCGAUUGUAAAGCAGUCUCUGUCAAAGAAACCCGGUUCAGGAGCUCAUUUCAGUGGCGAGGCCGGAGAUAGCGACUCAAACUCCGCCCCACUAUCCUCCUCCUCUUUGCUGGCCAAGAUGAAAGCUCGUCAUCACCUCAACAUACCCUCCAGACAGAGAGACGAAGAAGAAGAGGAGGAGGAGGAGAAUAGCGCCGCUGCUGCAGGAACGAGCCUCCCUCCUGCUCCGCCCACUGAGCACGACGAGCUGUUGGUGGAUCUGCGCAAUUUCGUGGCCUUCCAGGCGAAUGUGGAUGGACAGGCCACCACCCAGGAAGUACUGGAGUACUUCAGACCAAGACUGACCCAAGAGCAGGCGCCUGUUUUUAGAGAGCUACUUAGGAGCAUCUGUGACUUUCAUAGGACCUCUGGUCAGGAGGGCAUGUGGAAGCUGAAGGAGCACUUUCGCUGAAUGAAGUGUCGACAAAAGCAGAAGAAAAACUGUCAGCUGUGAUUCAUAUUUGAAUACUUAUCUACUGGUCUGUCGAGAUCAAGCCCACAAUAUCUUUUUGUUUACUUCUUUUUGCUGCUCUUUGUUGUCUUCUGCCAAACUGAGAUAUCUGUCUGAUACACAUAAGAUCAAAAUGUAUAAUUUAACAUCAUUACAGUUCAUUAUGAAAGGACCAUGUGUUAGGAGAGCCAUUUUGCAGUACAGUGGAGUACUGGGUUUACUGAUAAAGCAAUACAUUAUCAGCUAUUUAUCAGUUAACUGCGUCUUGGAGGUUAAUUGUUUUCUACUGUCUAAUUUAUUUCAGCUGCAAUGUGAGUUGGGUUGUGCUUGUUUGUUCAAGCAUUAUGGCAAUUUCUUCCUUCUCUGCUCAUUGUUUGUACCUGAUUACACUUGAAUUCUUUCCCUUUUUGUUCGCUGGAAAGUUUCGACUGUUCUGCCUUCAGUAAUGGCGUACUUAGAGAUAUGCGUUCUUUGCUUUCAACAUUUGUACUGUAACAACUUCACUUGGUCAGAUUUUGUAAUGUACUUUUAUAAAGUUGAAAUAGGGGAGUAGUGUGUCGUUUUGUAAAUAAGAACUCGCCACAGGUUUUGAUAGACUUUGUAAUGACUGACUUUCCGGUACACUGUGGAGGUGGGGAUUGUGUUAGCUCCAAAUGCAUUCAAAUAAGCUACAUCAAUUAUAUGUGAUAAAUUGACCUAAAAAUGUUAAUUAGCUGCAAUGUUUUAUAAAAAAGUAAAUGUGAUGCAUUGUCUUGCAUAUAUUGUAUGCAAUAAACCUCAGUAACAUCC